AUUAUAUAUAGACAUGUAUUUAUAUCUUCUUCCUUAGGUAUUUUGAGUCUCAUUUUAUUUUUUUCCAGCUUAAUAUCCAUAUAUAGGCAGAAUAAGUAUGGAGAAGUGUUAUGGAUCUACUCUACACAUAGCAAUGUAUCCUUGGUUUGGUUUUGGCCACAUCACCCCAUUCCUCCACCUUUCCAAUAAACUAGCCGAAAAAGGUCACACAAUCUCUUUCAUAAUCCCACCCAUAACCAAAUCCAAAGUGGAACAUUUGAAUCGCUUUCCAAAUCUCAUAACUUUCUAUCCAAUCACCUUCCCCCACGUGGAAGGUCUCCCUUCUGGGGCUGAGACCACUCAUGAUGUUCCUUCUUCCAUAAAAGAUCUCAUCAAUAUUGCCAUGGACAAAACACAGAACCAAAUCGAAUUUCUUCUACGAAAACUUAAACCCCAUUUCAUCCUUUACGAUUUUGCUUAUUGGGUUCCCAACUUGGCUCGCCCCUUGGGCAUAAAAUCGAUGCAUUACUCUGUGGUGAAUCCUGCUGCAACAGCUCACAGUGUGUCCCCUGCUGCUCUCCACAAUCUUAGAGAAUCAAAAAUUACUGAGACUGACUUGAUGAAACCUCUCCCAGGCUAUCCAGAUCCAUCAAUUCACCUCCAUUUUCAUGAGGCUCGAGCGCUUCGUAUGUACUUAAGUGUCAAGCCUAGUAGUAAUAGUGGGGUUGUUCAUUUAUUUGACCGCUUGUAUAUGAGUCUUGCAGAGUGUGAUGUUAUAGGGAUCAAGGGUUGUAGAGAAAUUGAUGGCAUGUUUGUUGACUUCCUUGAAAAAGAUUUUAAGAAGCCUAUUUUGCUUUCGGGACCACUUAUACCAGACCCACCAAGUGAACCUCUAGAAAAGAAAUGGGUUAACUAUCUAAGUCAAUUCAACCCCAACUCUGUCAUAUACUGUUGUUUUGGAAGUGAGGUCACCUUGUCCAAAUCUCAAUUCCAAGAGUUGUUGUUGGGUUUGGAGCUUUCUGGGUUGCCUUUUUUGGCUGUUUUAAGAACACCUUCAGGAGCUGAUUCCAUUGAGGAAGCUUUACCAGAUGGAUUUCAGGAGCGAAUUGGAGGAAGGGGAGUGGUUUAUGGAGGUUGGAUUCAGCAACCACAAAUCUUGAACCACCCUUCUAUUGGUUUAUUUGUCACACAUUGUGGUUGGGGAUCUUUAUUAGAGGUAUUGGGAGCCAAAUCCAAAUGUGAGCUUGUGCUCAUACCGAUGAUAGGUGAUCAAAUUUAUAAUGCGAGGACAUUUGGGAAUACAUUGAAGGCUGGUAUUGAAGUGGAGAAAAGUGAAGAAGAAGGGUUGUUUACUAAAGAAAGUGUCGUCGAAGCGAUUAAGACACUCAUGGAACAAGAUAAUGAUGUUGGUAAAGAGGUUAGGACCAAUCUUGCCAAGUUACGACAAUUGAUUCUUCGCCACAAUUUUGAAUCUUCUUAUGUUGAGGAUUUCAUUAACAAGCUCAAAACUCUAUUGGGAUGAAUAAGGAUAACAAGUCGAUUACAAUAUUUGAUUUGUUGUUGGAAUAAACAAGCUUUAUCUAUUUCUCUUUCUUUACGUUUACUUUUUGGUUUGGUUAUUUUGUUGUUUCAAUUACUUUGAAAUGAUGUUAUUUUCUUUGUUAAAGGGUUUGAGAAUAAGGUGUCUCAUUGGUUAUGUUGCUUUUAAUAUUCUAUCCUAAUGAUUGGGUUUUUAAUGGGGAUUGAGUGCUAUUUUAUUGGCAGAUUGUUAAUGAAAUUGUUUUGAUUUGUUCAAAAAAAAAUAUUGUAAUCAUAUUAAUUGU